AUGUUGCGGAUUUGCACUCGCUACACUCCAGAACAGGACACUAUGACCUUUUCGGAUGGACUGACCCUCAACAGAACACAGAUGCACAACGCUGGUUUCGGCCCACUCACAGACCUGGUGUUUGCUUUCGCCGGGCAGCUCCUGCCCCUGGAGAUGGACGACACAGAGACAGGGCUCCUUAGCGCCAUCUGCCUCAUCUGCGGAGACCGCAUGGACCUGGAGGAACCUCAUCGGGUGGACCAGCUACAGGAGCCUCUGCUAGAGGCGUUAAAGAUCUACGCUCGCCGGCGACGCCCCAACAAGCCUCACAUGUUCCCACGAAUGCUGAUGAAGGUCACUGACCUCCGAGGCAUCAGCACUAAA